UUGCCUUUUUAUAGGGGUUUUUUUUCGUGUCAGGAGCGGCCUGAUAAACUGCAAGUCGCUUCUGGUGUGAGAGAAUUGGCCGUCUGCAAGGACGUUGCCCAGGGGACGACGCCCGGAUGAAUCCUAGAAUCCUAGAGUGGGAAGAGACCUCCUGGGCCAUCAUCCAGUCCAACCCCAUUCUGCCAAGAAGCAGGGAUAUUGCAUUCAAAGCACCCCUGGCAGAUGGCCAUCCAGCCUCUGUUUAAAAGCUUCCAAAGAAGGAAAGAGCCUCCACCACACUCCCUCCGGGGCAGAGAGUUCCACUGCUGAACGGCUCUCCUUACAGUCAGGCAGGUAAUCUCUGAACGCGCCUUGUGAAGAACACGCUGUGAGACCUUUGCCCACGGGAUACCUAAGACUGAACUGAAGGCACACCGCACUGGCAAGAACAAGAAAUAAGAAAGAGAGAUUUCAGUCAAGGAGGAAAGGGAGGAUUGUGCUGUGGAAAGAAGGGCUUGGGAAGAAGACCAGAAGACUACGGCAAUACAAAGACCGAGAAGAGGAAAUGUUGUGCUGUUCAGAAGAACAUAUCUGUGAAUCUCUGGAAUAAUAAUUGAACAAUAAAUUAAAAAUAAUGGAAAAUCAUCUGCAGCCCUGUUCCACAUCACACACAGGGGAGAAGUUACAUAAGUGUAUGGACUGUGGGGAAUGUUUCACGGGGAAAAGUUCUCUUACUAAACAUCAACAAACUCACACAGUAGAGAAGCCACAUAAAUGCAGUGAAUGUGGUAAGAGCUUCAGUCGCAGUGGCGCUCUGCAACGCCAUCAAAGAACCCACACAGGGGAGAAACCACAUCAAUGCAUGGAAUGUGGAAAGAGCUUCAGUCAGAGUGGCAGUCUGCGUUCCCAUCAAAGGACCCACACAAAGGAGAAGCCAUAUGAGUGCAUGGAAUGUGGAAGGAGCUUCAGUCGGAAGGGACAUCUUACUUCCCAUCAAAGGACCCACACAGGGCAGAAGCCAUUUCAAUGCAUGGAAUGUGGAAAGAGCUUCAGUCACAGUACAACUCUGUCUCAGCAUAUAAAGACCCACACAGGGGAGAAGCCAUAUGCGUGCAUGGAAUGUGGAAAGAGCUUCCAUUCGAAAGCAGCUCUGCAUUGCCAUCAAAGUACCCACACAGGGGAGAAGCCAUAUAAAUGCAUGGAAUGUGGAAAGAGCUACGGUCACAGUGCACAUCUUCGUUCCCAUCAAAGGACCCACACAGGGGAGAAGCCAUAUGAGUGCAUGGAAUGUGGAAAGAGAUUCAGUCAGAAUGGACAUCUUGCUGCCCAUCAAAGGACCCACACAGGGGAGAAGCCAUUUCAUUGCAUGGAAUGUGGAAAGAGCUUCCGUCACAGUACAAAUCUCUCUCGGCAUAUAAGCACCCACACAGGGGAGAAGCCAUAUGCAUGCAUGGAAUGUGGAAAGAGCUUCAGUCGGAGGGGACAUCUUACUUCCCAUCAAAGGACCCACACAGGGGAGAAGCCAUUUCAAUGCAUGGAAUGUGAAAAGAGCUUUCGUGACAGUGCAGAGCUGCGUUACCAUCAAAGAACCCACACAGGGGAUAAACCAUACCAAUGCCCGGAAUGUGGAAAGCGCUUUAGUCGUAGUGGACAUCUUAGUUCCCAUCAAAGAAGCCACACAAGGGAUAAACCAUAUCAGUGCCUGGAAUGUGGAAAGAGCUUCAGUGACAGUAAAAUUCUGUGGAGCCAUAAAAAGAUCCACACAGGGGAGAAGCCACAUAAAUGCCUUGAAUGUGGAAAGAGCUUCAUUAGGAGUGGAGAGCUCCGUUCCCACCAAAGGACCCACACAGGGGAGAAGCCAUAUCAAUGCAUGCAAUGUGGAAAGAGCUUCAGUCAGAGUACACAUCUUCGUUCCCAUCAAAGGACCCACACAAAGGAGAAGCCAUAUGAGUGCAUGGAAUGUGGAAAGAGAUUCAGUCGGAAUGGACAUCUUACUUCCCAUCAAAGGACCCACACAGGGGAGAAGCCAUUUCAAUGCAUGGCAUGCGGAAAGAGCUUCAGACAUAGUAAAACUCUGACCCUCCAUAACAGGACCCACACAGGGGAGAAGCCAUAUACGUGCAUGGCAUGUGGAAAGAGCUUCAGUUGUGGUACAACUCUGAACCUCCAUAAAAGGACCCACACAGGGGAGAAGUCUUAUCCAUGCAUGGAAUGUGGAAGGAGCUUCAGUUGUAGUGGAGAACUGCGUUCCCAUGAAAGGACCCACACGGGGGAGAAGCCACAUAAAUGCUUUGAAUGUGGAAAGAGCUUCAUUAGGAGUGGAGAGCUUCGUUCUCACCAAAGGACCCACACAGGGGAGAAGCCAUAUCAAUGCAUGGAAUGUGGAAAGAGCUUCAGUCAGAGUGGCAGUCUGCAUUCCCACCACAGGACCCACACACGGCUAUAGGGAGAGACCUGCCUUGGGGUUUCCUCGUUCUGGGGUUCCCCAGCCAGGGGUCCCAUCCCUCCACUGACAGGUAAAGAAUGGAGAAUGGAAGCAAAGAGGGAGGCCGCCACCUUGUUCUCUAUCUGUCGUGGGCAGCAGUCUGCGUGGCCUGGCUUGAUUGCUGCUGGGAGGACUCUUCUGUCUUGCACCCAUUUUGGAGGGGUCAACCUGACCUCUUCCUCCUCCAGGAAAGCAUCACAGAGCAGCUGAGAUCUUAUGGCAAAAGGUCUCUGAAAAGACUAGCUCUUUGGGAGCGGAUAACGGCAUACCUGUGUCCUGUUGCCCUAGAUCUGGGCUCUGAUGCCUCUCAGUUUCCAUUCUGGACUCUGGCCUUGUUCCUGUAACCCUGGACUGGCGACCCUGAAUCGUUGGUUUUCAGUCUUGGACUGACUUCCUGGCUUGGUUUAUGGACUUGGGCUUCAGUUUGCAUCCCUCACUAUCUGGCCUGAUGUUGGAACUCUGACUUUGGUUUGUACUCUUGCAUUCUUGGUUGUUACUUUGUGAACUCUGGUGAAUGAACUCCUGGCCCCUGACUGUUGGACUAUUGUCACCUUGGCUGUGGCUUAGUCUUGCUUCUGACCGGGCUCCACAAUACGCGGCUUGUCAGCAUUAAUUGGGCUCUUCAUCUUGGUUUGUGUGCUGCCAUUGCCUUAUUUUAGCCAGACCUUGAACAAUUUCAAGAUGUCCGUUUUUGUAUAGAAUUCUAGAAUAAUAGAGUUGGAAGGUUUCCGUGCUUUCUGGCAGAAGGGGGUUGGACUGGAUGAUGGCCCACGAGGUCUCUUCCAACUCAAUCAUUCUAUGGAAAAGACUACAGGCACCAUCCAGCCCAACCCCAUUCUGCCAUGCUGAAAAAGCACAAAGCCACCCCGACAGAUGGCCACCCAGCCUCUGCUUCAAAGCCUCCAAAGAAGGAGACCCCCCCCCCCACACUCCCUCCGGGCAGAGGAAGAGAGAGAGAGUUCCACUCCUAAUCAGCUCUCUCUCCCCGCCAGGAAGCUCUUCCUCAUGUCGAGGUGGAAUCUCCUUCCUUUCCUUCAGUUUGAAGCCGUGGCUCCCUUGCCUCCCAGUCUCCAUGGAAGCAGAACGCAAGCUUGCUCCCUCCUCCUCCUCCCUGUGACUCCCCCUCACGUAUUGAUCCAUGGCCCUCAUCAUGUCUCCUCUCAGCCUUCUCGUCUUUAGGCUAAACACGCCCAGCUCCCUAAGCCGCUCCUCAUAGGGCUUGUUCUCCAGACCCUGGAUCAUUUUAUCCUAUCACAAGGGAAGAUAUUUUCUUAGGUAGCAGAGCAAACGGGCAUUUCUUUGCUGAUAAAGACUAUUUUUCAGAAUUGCAUGAACCUGAGUCAUGUGGCAAUGGAAUAGGAAAUGGUUCUCUGAACUGUUCAGGAUCUGGAACUGUUGGUUUUGCACGUAUGCACCCAAGUGCAAGUGUCGUCCUGAGCUAGGCUAAUCCCUGUGAGGCAAUGAGAUGCAACUCAAUUCCUGUAUCAAAGCUGAGAGUCAAGGGGUGCCAGAUCAUUACUGAUCAAGAAAGUUGCAGAGUUAUGAAAAAUGGGAGAAGGAGAAGGGAUCUCAUGGGCGAGGGAGAGUGGCGGCGGGGUGGCCCAUAUGUCGCAGCAUCC